AUGUAUAAAGACAGCUGUCUGGAGCUCUCAGUAUUGGAUUGGUACGAUUGGUACAGGACAUCAUACAUGAACAGAAAUCCACGAGGGUUUUACACUCUGGGCAUCAGUUCUAUUCAUCAGUAUCAUUUCAUUAAUGAGAACAAGACCUGGGCCGAGGCACAAAAAUACUGCAGAGAAAAUUACAUUGACUUAGCCACCGUUCAUGAUGAAAAAGAACAACUGGCCCUUACUUACAAGGUAUGGGACAGUCAACGGACCUGGAUAGGACUCUAUGAUGAUCUGAACAGCUGGAAAUGGUCACUGAAUGAUGAUGACCUCUACAAAGAAGGAGAGAAAAGCUUUAAUAACUGGUAUAUACUGAAACCGAGAAACUGGGAUGGAAAUGAGUUCUGUGUUUUAUUUUCUAUUGAUAGUGCAUCAUGGUGGGAGAGUGGCUGCUUUAAUAUCCAGCCAUUCAUUUGUUAUGAUGGUAAGGUGAAUGUCAGUCAAAAAUACAUACAGGUCUAUGAGUACAAGAACUGGACUGAAGCUCAGCGAUACUGCAGAGAGCAUCACACAGACCUGGCCAGUAUAAGGAAUGAAACUGAGAACCAGAACAUAAGAUCAUUAUUAGUUUCUGAGGGCAUAGAUUCUGCUGCAUGGAUCGGCUUGUACAGAACCAGAUCUUGGUCCGAUAAGAGCAACUCUUCUUUUAGUAACUGGGAACUGGGACAACCAGAUAAUGCUGGAGACACUGAAUACUGUACAGCUGUGGAUAUUUCUCCUAAUGGAACAUGGAGAGACGAAAACUGCAAUCAAGAAAUCUCAUUCUUCUGUUACAGUACAAUCUCAUCAACAUCGUAUCAGUAUCACUUUAUUAAAGAGACCAUGACCUGGACGAAAGCACAGCUGUACUGCAGAGACAAUUAUACUGACCUGGCUACCAUUAAUAAUGUGGAGGAUAUGAACAUGCUCAUUGACACGGUAAAUGGCAGCUACUCUGGUUUAGCCUGGAUUGGACUGUAUGAUGAUCUGGAGAGUUGGAGAUGGUCUCUGGAUGAUGCUGCUUUCUAUAAGGAUGGAGAGAGGGAGUUUAGAGGGUGGGACCAUCAACCUGAUAACUAUGAUGGUAAUCAGCUGUGUGUGUUGAUUAGAGAUGAUGGUACAUGGUUUGAUGACGACUGUAACAACAAUUCACCGUUUGUUUGCUAUAAUGGGAGAAAUCCCACAAAUUAUUACAUCUGGAUUAACCAGUACAUGACUUGGACAGAAGCUCAGAAUUAUUGCAGACAGUACCACACAGACCUGGCCAGCAUAAAAAGCCAAGCAGAUAAUAAUCAAAUCCUUAAUCUGAUAAGAGGCUAUGGUUCUUGGAUUGGUCUCUACAGGAAAAGAUUGUGGUCUGACCAGGACAAUUCCUUGUAUGAAAACUGGAAACCAGCAACCUAUUCUUUACCUGAACAACCAGACAAUGGAUUAUAUUAUGCUAUAGAUCAUGGCAGUCAACUCUGUACUGCUGUAUCUUGGAGGAAUUCAGGCCGGUGGAGAGAUGAAAACUGCUUAGCUCGGCUCCCUUUUGUCUGCUACAAUAAACUCAGCACUGGAUACUCAUGUACCAACCAUCAGUAUUACUUUGUUAAUGAGAACAAGACCUGGACUGAAGCACAGAAACACUGCAGAGAUGUUUAUACUGAUCUGGCUACCAUUAAUAACAUGGAAGAUAUGAAGAGACUCCUUAAGGCAGUAAAUGAAAGCUACUAUGCUUUAGCCUGGAUUGGUCUGUAUGAUGAUUUGAACAGCUGGAAAUGGUCUCUGAAUGAUGGAGUUUUCUAUAAAGAAGAAGAGAAAAGCUUUAGAAACUGGUACAUAGAGAAACCAAAGAACCAGAAUGGAAACAGUUUGUGUGUAUAUGUUUCAGUCUAUGAUGGAAUAUGGCGUGAGAAUUCUUGCUCUAAUGAAAUGUCAUUUUUUUGUUAUGAUGGGAAGGAAAAUGGCAGUGAAAGCUUUAUCCUAGUCAAUAAGUACUUGAACUGGACUGAAGCUCAGAGAUACUGCAGAGAUCAUUACACAGACCUGGCCAGUGUGAGAAAUGAAAAAGAAAAUCAAAAGCUAAGAGCAAUAUUAUUUCAUUCACAAUACAGUGGUCAGAUUGAUUUUUAUAAUAAUUAUUAUUAUGGUUAUUAUCAGGGUUAUUAUGGUUAUUAUUAUUAUCAUUUUUAUUAUUCUCAAAUAUGGAUUGGCCUGUAUAGAACCUUGUCUUGGUCAGAUAAAAGCAACUAUUCUUUUAGUAACUGGAUGUCAGGAGAACCAUAUAUUGGUGGAUCGAGUGACUACUGUACUGCUGUAUCAUUUAGUGAAUCUGGACAAUGGAGCUCUGAGUACUGUGGAGAAGCUUUACCAUUCCUCUGCUACAGUACAAUUCCAUCUACAUCCUACCGUGAGUACCACUUUGUUGAUGAGAGUAAGAACUGGACAGAAGCACAGAGAUACUGCAGAGAGAAUUAUACUGACCUGGCAACCAUUGAAAACAUGGAGGAAAUGAACAGGACCUUCUACACAGUAAAUAGCAGCUACUCUGGUUUAGCCUGGAUUGGACUGUAUGAUGAUCUGGAGAGUUGGAGAUGGUCUCUGAGUGACGAUGCUUUUUACAAAGAAGGAGAGAAAGAAUUUAGAGGGUGGGACCAUCAACCUGAUAACUAUGGUGGAACACAGAUGUGUGUUAUGGCCCAAAAGAGUGGCUGGUUUGAUGAGGAUUGUAGCACAAACCUACCAUUUGUUUGCUAUGAUGCUGAAGACAACAUUUACGUGUGGAUUUAUACAUCAAUGACCUGGAAAGAAGCUCAGAGUUACUGCAGAGCACAGUACACAGACUUGGCCAGUGUGAGAAAUGAGACUGAGCUUCAAAAAAUACUAGACACCUCAGGUGACAAUCCUGUAUGGAUAGGUCUGUACAGGAACAGAUUAUGGUCAGAUCAGAGCAACUCCACUUUUACAUACUGGAGUCCAGAAAUUCCAUCAGAAGACGGAGUUGUCAGCAGAAGAGAACCUGAUAAUGGUGCAAACUCAAAUCGGCAAACUGGAACUCAACACUGCACAGCUGUGGAUGAUUCUGGUUGGUGGAGAGAUGAAAACUGUUUGGACACUUUCCCCUUUGUCUGCUACACAGAAAACACUCCAGGUUCUGUGAUGGGACUGCGAAUGAAAAUCAAAACUUGGGAAAAUCUGAAAGAUUCUCAAAUUGAGGAAUUUGUGUCAAACCAGCUUAAACAACAAUUGAUCAGAUUGGGAGUUUCAAGUAACUUCACUAUAAGUUCUGACAGACCAGGAGGAGGCAGUUCUAGGCUCAGCCUGGAAGUUCUAGAAUCCCAGGCUACUGGGGUAAAUUCCAACAUGCCCAAAGAAAGAGAAAGUUCCAAACUAGCUAACAUGAAGUACACAUCUCCUGUAUCCAGAUGUGCAUGUCGUAUUCCCAAAAACACAACCUCUCUACACCGGCUCUUGAGAGAGCCACUGAUCAAAGGGGCACGCCUGGAUGUGAUGAGUGCUGCCCACCCUUCCUUGGACAGAACUUUGUGUCCUAAAGGACUCAGAACAUUAGGGGACCUGGUGGGCCUAGCGGGUCCCAAUAUGGACAAAGUGGGCCCAGUGGCUGAACGCCUGAACAUCAGGCCCACCUGUUUUGUAGCACAGUUACUGGACAGGUGGAAAUCAGCACUAACAGAGGAUGAGUGUGAACUACUACACACAAACCGUAUUCAGAGGGGUGGGGAGGACGAUCCCCCAGAACUGACUCUCACACCGGACUUCGGGGAGUGUGCGGGUCCACUACUGCAGUCUGCGAACACUGGGUCCCUGUUUUUAAAUGAGCUGUCUGGAGUUCUCAGUAUUGGAUUGGUACGAUUGGUACAGAACAUCAUACAUGAACAGAAAUCCACGAGAACCAUGUUUCAGCUUUUGCUGCUCUUAGGGUUUUACACCCUGGGCAUCAGUUCUAUUCAUCAGUAUCAUUUCAUUAAUGAGAACAAGACCUGGGCCGAGGCACAAAAAUACUGCAGAGAAAAUUACGCUGACUUAGCCACCGUUCAUGACGAUAAAGAACAACUGGACCUUACUAACAAGGUAUGGGACAGUCAACGGACCUGGUUAGGACUCUAUGAUGAUCUGAACAGCUGGAAAUGGUCACUGAAUGAUGAUGACCUCUACAAGGAAGGAGAGAAAAGCUUUAAUAACUGGUACAUACUGAAACCAAGAAACUCAGGUGGAAAUAAGUUGUGUGUUUACUAUAAUGUUUAUUAUACAUUAUGGCAGGAGAGUGACUGCUCUAAUAUGCGUCAAUUCCUUUGUUAUGAUGGUAAGGUGAAUGUUGGUCAAAAAUACAUACUGGUCCGUCAGUACAAGAACUGGACUGAAGCUCAGAGAUACUGCAGAGAGAAUUAUACAGACCUGGCCAGUAUAAGGAAUGAAACUGAGAACCAGAACAUAAGAUCAGUAUUAGUUUCUUAUUACACAUAUGAUGUAUGGAUCGGCUUGUACAGAACAAGAUCUUGGUCCGAUAAGAGCAACUCUUCUUUUAGUGACUGGGAACUGGGACAACCAGAUAAUGCUGGAAACACUGAAUACUGUACAGCUGUGAAUAUUUCUCGUAAUGGAACAUGGAGAGAUGAAAACUGCAAUCAAGAAAUCUCAUUCUUCUGCUACAGUACAAUCUCAUCAACAUCGUAUCAGUAUCACUUUAUUAAUAAGAACAUGACCUGGACAGAAGCACAGCUGUACUGCAGAGAGAAUUAUACUGACCUGGCUACCAUUAAUAAUGUGGAGGAUAUGAACAUGCUCAUUGAUACGGUAAAUGGCAGCUACUCUGGUUCAGCCUGGAUUGGACUGUAUGAUGAUCUGGAGAGUUGGAGAUGGUCUCUGGAUAUUGCUGCUUUCUAUAAGGAAGGAGAGAAAGAUUUUAGAGGGUGGGAGCAUCAACCUGAUAACUAUGAUGGUAAUCAGCUGUGUGUGUUGAUGAGAUAUGAUGGUACAUGGUUUGAUGAAGACUGUAACAACAAUUCACCGUUUGUUUGCUAUAAUGGAGAAAGUGCAACCAAAUAUUACAUCUGGAUUGGCCAGUACAUGACUUGGACAGGAGCUCAGAAUUACUGCAGACAGUACCACACAGACCUGGCCAGUGUAAAAACCCAAGAAGAUAAUAAACAAAUCCUUAAUCUGAUAAGAGGCUAUGGUUCUUGGAUUGGUCUCUACAGGAAAAGAUUGUGGUCUGACCGGGACAAUUCCUUGUAUGAACACUGGAAACCAGCAACCUAUUCUUUAUCUGAACAACCAGACAAUGGAUUAUAUUAUGCUAUAGAUCAUGGCAGUCAACUCUGUACUGCUGUAUCUCUUAAGAAUUCAGGCCGGUGGAGAGAUGAAAACUGCUUAGCUCGGCUCCCUUUUGUCUGCUACAAUAAACUCAGCACUGGAUACUCAUGUACCAACCAUCAGUAUUACUUUGUUAAUGAGAACAAGACCUGGACUGAAGCACAGAAACACUGCAGAGAUGUUUAUACUGAUCUGGCAACCAUUAAUAAUGUGGAAGAUAUGAAGAGACUCCUUAAGGCAGUAAAAGAAAGUUACUAUGGUUUAGCCUGGAUUGGUCUGUAUGAUGAUUUGAACAGCUGGAAAUGGUCUCUGAAUGAUGGAGUUUUCUAUAAAGAAGAAGAUAAAAGCUUUAGAAACUGGUACAUACAGAAACCGAGGAACCAGAAUGGAAACAGUUCGUGUGUAUAUGUUUCAGUCUAUGAUGGAAUAUGGCGUGAUAAUUCUUGCUCUAAUAAUCUGCAAUUUUUUUGUUAUGAUGGGAAGGAAAAUGGCAGUGAAAGUUUUAUCCUAGUCAAUAAGUACUUGAACUGGACUGAAGCUCAGAGAUACUGCAGAGAUCAUUACACAGACCUGGCCAGUGUGAGAAAUGAAAAAGAGAACCAAAAGCUAAGAGCAAUGUUAUUUCAAUCAAAAUACAGUGGUCAGAUUGAUUUUUAUAAUAAUUAUUAUUAUGGCUAUAAUAAUAAUAAUUAUUAUUAUUAUGAUUACUAUUAUUAUAAUAAUUAUUAUUAUUAUGGUGGCACAUGGAUUGGCCUGUAUAGAACCUGGUCUUGGUCAGAUAAAAGCAACUAUUCUUUUAGUAACUGGAUGUCAGGAGAACCAUAUAACGGUGGAUCGAGUGACUACUGUACUGCUGUAUCAUUUAGUGAAUCUGGACAAUGGAGCUCUGAGUACUGUGGACAAGCGUUACCGUUCCUCUGCUACACAAUUCCAUCUACAUCCUACCGUGAGUACCACUUUGUUGAUGAGAGUAAGAACUGGACUGAAGCACAGAGAUACUGCAGAGAGAAUUAUGCAGACCUGGCAACCAUUGAAAACAUGGAGGAAAUGAACAGGACCUUCAACACAGUAAAUGGCAACUACUCUGAUUUAGCCUGGAUUGGACUGUAUGAUGAUCUGGAGAGUUGGAGAUGGUCUCUGGAUGACGAUGGUUUUUACAAAAAAGGAGAGAAAGAGUUUAGAUGGUGGUACCAUCAACCUGAUAACUAUGGUGGAAAACAGCUGUGUGCUAUGGCCCAAAAGACUGGCUGGUUUGAUGAGGAUUGUAGCACAAAACUACCAUUUGUUUGCUAUGAUGCUGAAGACAACAGUUACGUGUGGAUUUAUACAUCAAUGACCUGGAAAGAAGCUCAGAGUUACUGCAGAACACAGUACACAGACUUGGCCAGUGUGAGAAAUGAGACUGAGCUUCAAAAAAUACUAGACACCUCAGGUGACAAUUCUGUAUGGAUAGGUCUGUACAGGAGCAGAUUAUGGUCAGAUCAGAGCAACUCGACUUUUACAUACUGGAGUCCAGCAAUUCCAUCAGAACCAAGAGAACCUGAUAAUGGUGCAAACUUAAACUGGCAAAACAGAAAUCAACGCUGUACAGCUGUGGAUAAGUUUGGUUGGUGGAGAGAUGAAAACUGUUUAGUCACUUUCCCCUUUGUCUGCUACAUACUUUUUUUCACAGGUCCUUCGUCCGGACUGCGAAUGAAUAUCAAAACUUGGGACAACCUGAAAGAUUCUCAAAUUGAGGAAUUAGUGUCAAGCCAACUUAAACAAGAAUUGAUCAGAUUGGGAGUUUCAAGUAACUUCACUGUAAGUGUGAGAAACACGUGCAAGGCUGAUCCUUAA